GGAAGUAGAUGGAAACAGGCAGGCCAUGGUCUGACAGCACUAAUAAUACGACUGUCGCUGGGGUGCCAAACUGUCCGGACCGGGUAUUUCUUCUUUAAUUUGAACGUCCUCAUGGUGUAGAAGUAGAAGAUACUUCAACAUGGUGCACGUUUGGGAGCGUCUCCUGACGAGGCCGAAACUCCGGGUGUCACUUCUUCUUCUCGCCUUUCUUCUCUCUCUUGUUGUCUCCCCGGGUGACACCAGGACACGGAGCGUCAACCCCUCGACGGAGGAAACUGUAGAAACUUACAACAAAUACUACAAUUAUGUUGACCUGACCAUGCGUUUACAGUCCUUAGUGGAUAAAUACCCUCACUUAGCUAACCUGUCGAGCGUAGGUGAGUCUGUGGACGGCAGGGAGCUGUGGGUGAUGCGGAUCACUAAGGACCCCAGUAGAGACACCCCGGGGAGACCCAAAUUUAAAUAUGUGGGGAACAUGCAUGGCGACGAAACCGUGUCCAGGCAGGUGUUGGUGUACCUGGUGGAGUACCUGCUGGCUGAAUAUGGAGUGGAGCCCCGCAUUACUGAGCUGGUGGACACCACGGAUAUUUACAUCAUGCCCAGUAUGAACCCUGACGGCUUUGAGAAGUCCAAAGAGGGGGACUGCGAUGGACAAAACGGGGGUCGAAAUAAUGCCCUAAAUAUGGACCUCAACAGAAGCUUCCCUGACCAGUACGAUGAGAAGGUUCUCAAUCCAGUUAAUAUCCCCGAGGUGGUGGCUGUGAUGAGGUGGAUCAAGGAGAAAAAGUUUGUGCUGUCGGGGAACCUGCAUGGCGGCACCGUGGUGGCCAGUUACCCUUUUGAUGACUCGGCCACGCACCAGCGGCAGGGCCACUACAGCUCGGCCGAGGACGACGUGCUGUUUCGAUACUUGGCCCUGGUGUAUUCCAAGAACCACCGUGUGAUGAAGACCGGUGAGCCCAACUGUCCCGAUGCCCCCACUGAAAAGUUCAAAGACGGCAUCACCAAUGGGGCGCAGUGGUACGACGUGCCUGGAGGAAUGCAGGACUACAACUACCUCUAUGGGAACUGUCUGGAAAUCACCAUGGAGCUGAGCUGCUGCAAAUAUCCUCCUUCUUCUGAGCUCCAACAGGAAUGGGAUCUUAACAGGGAAUCCCUACUAGCCUACAUAGCUCAGGUCCAUAUAGGUGUUCGUGGCUUUGUGAAAGAGGCCAUCAAUGGCACUGCCCUAGCCAAUGUCAGCAUUGUGGUGGCAAGCAUUCGCCACAACCUGACCACAGGAGAAUAUGGGGAGUACUAUCGCCUUCUACUCCCAGGAACAUACAACAUAACAGCUGUGGCCCCAGGCUUCACACCCAUGACAGUCAACAGUGUCCAGGUCGUGGAGGGCAAAGCCACAGAACUUAACUUUACCUUGGCCCCUGUGGUCACUAAGGCUGCAGGUAGCAUCACUGUGAGUACAAACUCCAUGCCAUCCACCAAUGACUCAAACAUCUCCACCACCACCAUCUCUUCUGACUCCACAAAGACCCGGUUAGUUCCUUCUAAAGGAGGCAACUCCAGCCCCGCUGUACGUCCACCUGAACAUCAGCCCAUUCAGCCUCAGCAAUUUCGUCACCACAACUACGCAGACAUGGAGCUGUUCUUACGCAAAUACAGCAGCGAGUUCCCCUCUAUAACCAAUCUCUACAAGAUUGGCCGCUCCGUGGAAGGCCGCGAGCUCUAUGUGAUGGCCAUCUCAGACAACCCCACUGUCCAUGAGCAUGGUGAGCCAGAGUUUAAGUAUGUAGCCAACAUGCAUGGUAAUGAAGUGGUAAGCCGAGAGUUGAUGCUUAACCUCAUCGAGUACCUGUGCAGUAACUAUGGUACUGACCCGGAGGUCACACAGUUGGUCAACAGUACCCGCAUUCACAUCAUGCCUUCUAUGAACCCUGAUGGCUAUGAGGUAGCCAUUGAAGGUGAUGAACAGGGCUACAGUGGGCGCAACAACAGCAACAAUUUCGACCUGAACCGCAACUUCCCAGACCAGUUUGUUACCAUCACAGAGCCCAGACAGCCGGAGACUAUAGCUGUGAUCAACUGGCUGAAGAGCAUCCCCUUCAUCCUGUCAGCCAACCUGCAUGGAGGCUCCUUGGUGGUCAACUACCCCUACGAUGAUGACAAAAAGGGGACAUCUGAGUACAGCCCGUCGCCUGAUGACAAAGUCUUUCAGCAGAUUUCUAGAGCGUACUCACAGGAAAAUCCUUUGAUGCACAAUGGACACCCUUGUGUGACACGUUACCCUAAUGAAUAUUUUGAGGAUGGCAUCACCAACGGCGCACACUGGUAUAAUGUUCCUGGGGGCAUGCAGGACUGGAACUACUUAUACACCAACUGUUUCGAGGUGACCAUCGAGCUGGGCUGUGUAAAGUACCCCAUGGCCAGGGAGCUGCCAAAACACUGGGAACAAAACAGACGGUCCUUGCUUGAGUUCAUACACCAGGUUCACGUUGGAGUAAAAGGAACCGUCUCAGACCUUACGGACGGCACAGGAAUUCCCAAUGCCACCAUUAAUGUGGGGGGGAUAGACCACAACAUCACAUCAGCUCGCACUGGAGAUUUCUGGAGACUGCUGUCCCCGGGGACUUACUCCAUCACCGCCUCUGCUGAUGGUUAUAAAUCUGUGAGGACCUACGCCACAGUCUCUAAAGGUGGAGCAGAGGUGGUGGACUUCAGACUGACACGUAUACACUCAGACUCCAAAGGCCAAUCUCCUAAAGGACCCCAACCCACGCAGAACCCAUCGGAGAAGAAAUUCAAGAGCUUAAUCAAGGAGCUGUCCCUCGGCCAAGGUUUGGAGGAGUUGGUCAGGAGCACGACCACAGAUAACAGCUUCCGCUACAGAGGCUACAAGGAGCUGUCUGGCUUUCUCAGAGGACUCACACUGAACUUUCCCAAAAUUACAUCUUUACAGAGUUUGGGCCAAAGUGUAGAGUUUCGAACCAUUUGGGCUCUGGAGAUCUCCAACAAACCAGGGCAAACGGAACCGUCUGAGCCUAAGAUCCGCUUUGAAGCAGGGAUCCACGGUAAUGCCGCAGUGGGCCCAGAGCUGCUGCUGGAAUUUGCUGCCUUCCUGUGCAUCAACUAUGGCAAGAACCCAGCCAUCAGCAGGCUGAUCAAUGAGACCCGGAUUGUCAUCGUGCCUUCUAUCAACCCAGAUGGACGAGAGCAGGCCAUUGAGAAGCAGUGCAACUCCACCCAGGGCUUAACCAAUACUCACGGCAAGGAUCUGGACACAGAUUUCUUCGGCAAUGCGUCACAGCGUAUGGUCGAGGCCCAACCAGAGAGCAGAGCCAUGAUGGACAUGAUUCUCGACAAGAGCUACACUCUGUCUGUAGCCCUCGAUGGAGGCUCUCUUGUUGCAACAUACCCAUACGACAAGCCCGUCCAGUCGGUUGAAAAUGAGGGCACUUUGAAGUACUUGGCAAGUGUCUAUGCCAAUAACCACCCUAAGAUGCACCUGGGGGAUACUGGAUGUUCAAACAACGGGCAAAUGGGCAACAUCCCAGAUGGAGUGAUGAGGGCGGCAGAGAGACAAAGUCACAUGGGGAGCAUGAAGGACUUCAGCAUGGACUUUGGCCACUGUCCAGAGAUCACGGUGUAUAGUGGCUGCUGUUUGUUCCCUCCUGCUGAGCAGCUGGCCACACUCUGGGCGGAGAACAAGAAGCCUCUCCUUAGCAUGUUGGUGGAGGUCCAUAAAGGGGUGCGUGGCGUUGUGAGGGACAAGAGUGGAAAGCCUAUUGUUGGGGCGAUCAUUGUGCUGAAUGGUGGAGUGAGGGUCUUUACUACAGAGGGGGGCUACUUUCACGCUCUGCUGGCUCCUGGCAACCACAACAUCGAAGCCGUUGCUGAUGGCUACCAACAACAACGUCAAGAGGUGGUGGUGUCUUCCUAUGAAGCUGCUACCUCCCUCAUUAUUGAGUUCGACAUGGACAACAACAUAUUUGGCCUGCCCAGAGAGUUUGUGGUGGCCAGUGCAGCGGCCUCCAUGACAGCGUUGGUAGUGACGGCUUGCAUCAUCUGGUGUGUGUGCGCAGCCAAGUCUAAUCGUCAAAAAGAUGGCUUCCAUCGCUUGCGACAGCACCGAGAUGAUUACGACGAUGAGAUCCGGCUCACCUCCAUGGGCUCCAAGAAGUCGUUGCUUGCCCACGAGUUUCAGGACGAGAGUGAAAGCGAGGAAGAUACACUGUACGCCAACAAAAUCUGAGAACGAUUACACCAAUGUAGCUGUUGGCUCAGUAUUUUAUUUUGAUCUCCCCUUAAAUGUAACCAACAAGGAACAGGUUGAAGUCCAGAUAGCAUCUCUGUCUCCCUUUAUGAAGGAGAUAAGAGUGAUAAAGACACUUUGUUCUAUUAUACCAACAAGCACUAAAGACUCACUCAGUUAUUACUAGUGCUACUAAAUUAUUUCUUUAAGAGCAUCCUGCUGGUGUCUGGACGGAAGUGUUCGCUCCCUUUCUACCUCACUGGAUCAGGACACAAGGACAAAGAGAAGGUGAUAAAAAGAGGGUGAGAUUACUGAAGGUUUGGUCCCCCGUCCGUCUUUUUCACAGGUUUUGAGUUUUACUGCAUUUUCAUUUCCGAGCCACAUGAGUAAUAAUUUACCACAACUUGUCCUGCCUACCUAAGGAAUUCCAGCCGAGGAGUCCAAAUACACCCCAAUUUAGAUAUGUAAUACUCUGGAUGGAACUGAUUCAUCCUACACAAUCUCCCCAAGGUUUUCAUGUAUAACUUUCAACACUGCUUUAGCUAUACAAUUAGAAAUCAUGUUUCCUUUAUCAAAGAAAGCAUUGCCACAUGUAAGUGUCCAAGCCUUUGGAGACUGAAUCCAACACUGUGCCUUGGCUUCUGUAAAGUUUAAAGUCUGGUCCGGCUGUAGUAUGUGACCGAAAGCAGCAACGUAACUUAUAUUUGAUCCAACCUAUACUCAGGUGGUAUGAAAAGAGAUCACUUCUGAAUAAAAGAUUGCUGAAUUCCAGUGUUGCGCUGUUUCUGCACAGAUGACUCUAGGCUGCCCUUGCCUGGGUUCAGUAGUGUUGUAUUUUUCCAGUGAGUCAAUGUUGUGGCCAGAGCCAUUACCAUGGGCGAUCUUCUGAAAAACUUUAAAGCUUCAAGGAGAGUCUGUAACUAAUGAAAUGUUUGAAUGAAACCUGCCCAGUAAGUCUGGGGUGCUUUCACGUAUGCAUGGAGGUCACUUGCACUAAAUGGAAAGCAAAGAUCGUCCCGUAUCAUUGGCUGAGGAUAACAACAAUGAUUCUCUAAAUAUGUAAUCGUAAAAAAAAGAAUGUAUUUGUGUUUCUGUUUUUUGUUGUUUUAACUAAAGGUUUAGGAUGUUUUCACACUGUCUGUACAUUGUAAGUUGAGUGUGCCCUUUUUUGACACAUUCUCACUUUGUUUCAUUAUAAGGACUAUCGAUUCUGUUUUCAUUUGCGUUUGUUUUUAUUCCUCCACUAAACAUUACUUUGGAGUGCAAAGGUCAUAGGUUUGUCCAUCAUUACUGAUCACCGUCUAUGCAUCAACAUCAGGGCCAACAAUUCUGCAUGAUCUAAAGGUCUAGUGCAAAGAAAAUCAUGUUUUCCAAACCCGUAGUCAUACCAAUGUGGUUGAAAGCUGCGAAAAAGCAAGCAAAUGAGUUGAGACCUUUUCUCACACACAAGUUUACUCCAUACAUACCUACCAUGUGUAAAUAUAAUAUGCACUGUUAGAGAUUCCCCAUCAGAAAAUUGUCAGGUACUCUGAAAAAGAGCCUACCAACAGACUGCCUUAUUGGUGUUAAAGAACAAUGUAGUCUGGUGCAAAAUGAUAAUGCAGUUAUCUCACAUAUUGAAGAGGCGGAGGACUUUUUUUUAAGUAGGUUAUAUGGACUCUACAAGGAAGCAGGUUUGUUUGCCGAUAUGCAAGUGGACAGUUAAUUGAAAAAGAAAAAAAGUAUAACUGUUGGUUAUCACGAGCUGAAAUGCCCAACAUGGCACUUGAUCAUUAAAAUCCGAUGGCUGUGAGAUUGGUGAUGCCAUGCAUGUUUUCAAAGAAACACCCUUUUUCAAGUAAUUUGCCUUGAUUUUCAGUUUUUUUGAGAAGAGAUUAUUUCCUUCUUUAAUUUUAUCAGAUGCAGCUGUCAUCAGUAACGUUUAAACUGAUGUGUGUAGAGAGACAGAUUUGUAUUAUUUUUCUUUCUUAUUCUGAGUCUUUCAAUGCGUGUGUCUGAAUUUUUGAACGUUGCGCUUGUCAGUCAUGCAGUGUUGGUGUGAAGAUUUUAUAUAGACUGAAAUCAACUGUAAAUAAUGUUUGCAAUUCUGAAUGGGGAAAAUAAAUGAAUGAAUAAAUGCAUUCAUGUUAACCGUGAAUCUACACACAGCAACAAUAAUGAUAAAAACCUCUGUGUGAUCAUGACAUGUUAACAUAAAACUCAAAACACAAAUAAAACACCUCGCGUCUCUCUUGA